UCUCCCCUUGUUCCCUCACUUCAAUAACGGCCGUUCUGAUGGCCAAAGCUCAUAAGUGCUUUACAUCCUAUGAAUCAAAUAAACAGUUUUGUGGAAACGGGCUUUUGGAGUAUGGUGAGCAGUGUGAUGUGGGGGCUCUUCAGGAAGACGCCUGCUGCCAGAAAAACUGCAGGCUCCGCCCCAACGCCACCUGCAGCUCUUUCAGCCACCCGUGCUGUACCGCCAACUGCCAAGUGGCGCCGGCCACCCAGCUGUGCCGGGACAACGCUCAUUCUCCGUGCUAUGCGACCCCAUAUUGUACUGGAGAGGACUUUCGCAGGUGCCCAUUUCCCGAGGCUCUGCCUAACAACUCAUCCUGUGAGGGCCAGGGAACCUGCUGGUACGGCCACUGCUUAAGCUACUGCGAGACUCUAGGACGGCUGUCGAGCCCGCAUCGUCACCUGGAGCCUUGCACCUGCGACCAUGACGUCACGGCUAUGUGUACCCACUGCUGCCGUGACGUCAAGUCUCCGAGAGAGUGUUUCCAGAUGAAUCUCACAAUGGACGAUGGGGACCCAUGCCUGAUAGGCUUCUGUAAGAAUGGCGUGUGUCGGAAGUCGGGACUUUUCAAAGAUUUCGAGUCUUUAAUGGACCAAAACGAAUCAAACGCGUCAAAAAUCUGUCCAGAUCUGACUUCCGCUUUCACAAUUGCUCUUUUUUCGUUUCUUUGUUUCGUUUCGUUUUAGUGUGGAAUAAAGUUUUUAAAAA